UGCGUUUAUCACAUUUUAGAUUUAACAAAUCGGGAAGAACUAUUUACUUUGCUCGUGUUAUUAAAUAUAUAAUUGGUAAAAAUGGGACGCGCUGAGGUUGGUACGCCUAAGUACCUGGCCAACAAGAUGAAGGCGAAGGGCCUGCAGAAGUUGCGCUGGUACUGCCAGAUGUGCGAGAAACAGUGCCGUGACGAGAACGGCUUCAAGUGCCACACAAUGAGCGAAUCCCAUCAGCGACAGCUGCUGCUCUUUGCAGACGCGCCAGGCAAAUUUCUACACAACUUCUCGAAGGAGUUCUCCGAUGGCUAUAUGGAACUGUUGCGCCGUCGCUUUGGCACCAAGCGCACCAACGCUAACAAAGUGUAUCAGGAGUAUAUUGCGCAUAAGGAGCACAUUCACAUGAAUGCCACUCGCUGGUUAACUCUGUCGGACUAUUUGAAGUGGUUGGGACGCACUGGUCAAGUGGUGGCCGAUGAAACGGAGAAGGGAUGGUUUGUGUCGUACAUUGAUCGCAGUCCGGAGGCCAUGGAACGUCAGGCGAAAGCCGAACGCAAAGAGAAAAUGGAAAAGGAUGACGAGGAGCGCAUGACCGAAUUUAUUGAGCAACAAAUUAAGAAGGCAAAGAAAAAGGACGGCGACGAUGAAGAGGAUCCACAGGAAAAAUAUACAGAACUGAAGCGAGAAGAGGAGCAGCCUCUAAAGCUGGACAUACGGCUGGAGAAGAAAUUUCAGCCCGAAUCUAUAUUGGGCAGAUCUGCGCUACUCACAAAACGCACAGCCACCGAACCAGACGAGAAAGUUUUCAAGAAACCCAAGCCAAUGGCAGCGGAGAGCAGCAGAUCCGCACUGGAUGAGAUUAUCAAACUCGAGGAGAAGAAGAGGGAACGUAACAAUCGUAAGGAAUACUGGCUUCACCCAAACAUCGUAGUGAAAUUCAUUUCCAAAUCAAUGGGUGACAAGUUCUACAAACAGAAGGCUGUCGUCCAAGAAGUCAUCGACAAAUUUCGGGCGAAAAUCAAGUUUUUGGAUUCAGGCGAAAAGCUCAAAGUUGAUCAGGCACAUCUGGAGACUGUCAUACCCGCCUUGGACAAGGAAGUGAUGGUCGUUAACGGCGCCUAUCGUGGCUCCGAAGCAUUGCUCAAAAAACUAGACGAGCGAAAAUAUUGUGUUACCAUUGAGAUAUUACAUGGUCCACUAAAGGGACGUGUCGUAGACAACGUACAGUACGAGGAUAUAAGUAAAUUAUAUGACACAUAGCUGGCAAAAUAUCCAACUGCCUUUUUACUUAGAUUAAGGUUAAAUAUAGAUAUAUUUUAAAUAAACUUUAUAUU